AUGACUAAUUACCAGGGCUACAACGAGGAUACUGGGGAGAAAUUAAAUUCUAAUGGAGGGAAAAGGUCCCUGUCGGACCUUCGGAGGCAAAGUAGCUGCCAACCUCGUGAAAGUUUAGUCAAGGUUUGCGAUGAAUUUCCAGAUGAGAUACAGUACACCAUUGUGCCUAGUUGUGUACCAGUGCAACGGUGUUUGGGCUGCUGUCCAGAUGAGGCAACGACGUGUACACCUCAGAGAAACAAGACAGUUAAUUUGGAGGUGCUCCGUAUUUACUCUAAUGGCACAAAAGAAACAGUCAUAUUGCCAUUUAAGAAGCACACUCACUGCAGUUGCAGACCAAAAGAGGAAUAAUUAAGGAUCAGACUAUCUUCUUUUUAUGACGCAUAAUUUAAUCAUUUUAUCUUUAAUUUUUGUUACAUUCUAAUUAUUAUUUUGUUG